AAAUCUUGCCAUAGAAGAUACACAGAUGGAAGACACAGAGAUGAUUUACAGCUCCUCUGUGCUGAGCAUGGUGAAGCUUUUGGAAAUGGAAGAUUCUUUAAAAGACAACCUGGAGUCCUAUGUCCAAGUUAUGCAAACAAAAUUGGAUUCUAUAAAACUUUUUCAACAGAUGCUGCAGAGGGAAACCAUGACAACUCUAGAGGAAAGGGAGGAAUUUAUGGGAAAUCCGCUCAAUGCAUUUCCCCUGCUGCGACGCCUCAAUCAGGAUUGGCCCAAGUGGCUGAAAUAUUUAAGGACGGCCAUAGCCACCAAGACCACGAACGCAAUGGAAAAGAAAUUGAAAUCAGGACCAAGUAACGAGGAUCUUCAAGUGGCACUCAAAGGAUUCGCGCGCAUCGAAAGUUUCUACGAUCAGGAGGCAGCGGACAUGGCCAAGGGUGACCUAUUAGGACAACACUUUGGCUCUCAACUGACUGCUCCCGAUUGCUUUGCUCUGGCUGACUUUUACUACAAUCAAACGCAAUUCGCCAGAUGCACGCCUUGGUAUCGCACGGCCCUCAGAAUACACCAGAGUUCUGAGGGGAAACUUUAUGAAAAGGUUUUGGGGCUGAAGCGGAAAAAGAUCUACAAGAAGUAUGCCAAGGCCUUGGUCAUGGAGGGUAAGCCAUCGGCCUUCUAUUUGGCUAUGCCAAACAAGAUAAAUCCCGAAUGGGAGACACUCGCCAAUCAAGUGGCGGUCGAGGCCAACUAUCGGAGCACCAAAGACGCCAUAGACGAAUACCUUGCCGGAGAUGCGGAUAUCUUACAGCAGGAGGCUGCUAAGCACAAGCCCAAACCAUCCAGGCUAGAGCGCGGCUGUCGUGGACAGUGGCAGAGGAAGUCCUCCCCUCCACUAGCCUGCAGAUAUAACCGAGAGUACUCUGCCUUUCUUUUACUAGCUCCACUCAAAAUGGAAGUCCUUAACCAGCAACCGCUGAUAGUUCUCUACCACGAGGUACUCUACGAGAAAGAAUUGAGAGCAAUGCGGGAUAUAGCCAACAAAAAUGCCACCAUGCAGGAUGGCUGGACUCGGAUGCACUUUGAUCAGCGGGUCAAGCCAGAGCCUGAGGAUCGGGUGUUGAAGCUGCACAUCUUCCAGGGAAACUCCGAGUCGUUCUCCCCAAGCAUCAAUCGCCGCAUAGCGGACAUGACCGGGCUGGAGGUGCAGGGGAACAACGCCUUGCACUUGUCCAACUAUGGUCUGGGUGGAUAUUUUAAUGCCCAUUAUGAUUAUGUGGACCUAACCAAACGUCCAGCAAACUACUUUACUGAAAGGGGAGGCGAUGUCUUGGCCACAGUUCUACUCUACGCAAGCGACGUUCGGCUGGGAGGAGCCGUGGUUUUUCCCAAAUUAAAGAUUUCUGUAGAGCCCAAAAAAGGGAAUGCCUUGAUCUGGGACAACCUGAACAACGCUGGCGAUCCCGAUAAGCUUUCAAAGCACGUAGUAUGCCCUGUUGUCAUGGGUUCUCGUUGGACAAUUUACAAAUGGAUUAACGAACAGCAGCAGAUGUUGAAGAGGCCUUGUCUGGCAUAGUUCGGGAAUGUAUCUCUUUAUUCGCGCCUCCGUUAGGAUGGCAUGCAAAUAAAUGCAAAUCUCCCCAUC